AUGAAGUUCUUCUUUGGUGCUUUGGCGCUCACCGUGGGCCUUCUGGUUCCCGGCGGAGCAGCCGCACCCCCUUCCGCCGCUUCCCAGAGGGACCUUCUUGUCCCCAUCGAAGAAAGACAGGAAGCGGCGGUACUGCCUCGUCAAACAAGCUGCCACACUCCCAGCAACCGGGCCUGUUGGACCACCGGCUACAAUAUCAACACGGACUACGAAGUCAACAGCCCUGAUACAGGGGUUGUUCGGCCUUACACUUUUACCCUCACUGAGGAGGAGAAUUGGACGGGCCCUGAUGGAGUCGUCAAGAACAAGGUCAUGUUGAUCAACAGUAUGUCAUGCCGGCCCACGAUCUUCGCUGAUUGGGGCGAUACGAUUCAGGUCACCGUCAUCAACAACCUUGACACCAACGGUACUUCUAUCCACUGGCACGGCAUGCAUCAAAAGGACACCAACCUGCACGAUGGCGCCAACGGCGUCACCGAAUGUCCUAUUCCACCCGGAGGCCGGAGAGUCUACCGGUUCAAGGCGCAGCAAUACGGCACGAGCUGGUACCACUCCCACUUCUCAGCGCAAUACGGCAACGGCGUAGUCGGCACAAUCCAGAUUAACGGCCCGGCGUCACUCCCCUACGACAUCGACCUGGGCGUGUUCCCGCUCAUGGACUACUACUACGCCAGCGCCGACGAGCUCGUCCACUUUACCAUGAAUAACGGCGCGCCAUUCAGCGACAACGUGCUCUUCAACGGCACGGCCAAACACCCCACCACCGGCGCCGGCCAGUGGGCCAAUGUGACCCUCACCCCAGGGAAGCGGCACCGUCUGCGCAUCAUCAACACCUCCACCGAGAACCACUUCCAGGUCUCGCUUGUCAACCACACCAUGACCGUCAUCGCCUCCGACAUGGUCCCCGUCAACGCCAUGACGGUCGACAGCCUGUUCCUGGCGGUCGGCCAGCGCUACGACGUGACCAUCGACGCCAACCGCACCCCCGGCAACUACUGGUUCAACGUCACCUUUGGCGGGCAGGCCUUUUGCGGCGGCUCGCUAAACCCCACGCCCGCGGCCAUCUUCCACUACGCGGGCGCUCCCGGUGGUUUACCCACGAACCGGGGUGUGCCGCCCACCGACCACCAGUGCUUGGAUCUCCCCAAUCUGACCCCUGUCGUGACGCGCAAUGUGCCGGUUAGCGGCUUUGUGAAGAGGCCCGGCAACACCCUACCCGUGAACAUUGACCUGUCUGGCACCCCGCUGUUUGUAUGGAAGGUCAACGGCAGCGCCAUCAACGUCGACUGGGGCAAGCCGGUGGCCGACUAUGUCAUGACGCAGAACACGAGCUACCCGACGAGCGACAAUAUCGUGCAGGUCGAUGGUGCUAACCAGUGGACAUACUGGCUCGUCGAGAACGACCCCGACGGACCCUUCAGUCUCCCGCACCCCAUGCACCUCCACGGCCACGAUUUCCUCGUACUCGGCCGCUCCCCCGACGUCUCCCCCGCCUCCCAACAACGCUUCGUGUUCGACCCCACCGUCGACCUGCCCCGCCUCCGGGGGACCAACCCGGUCCGCCGCGACGUGACUAUGCUACCCCCGCGCGGCUGGCUGCUGCUGGCGUUCCGCGCGGACAACCCCGGCGCGUGGCUGUUCCACUGCCACAUCGCGUGGCACGUGUCGGGCGGGCUGAGCGUCACCUUCCUGGAGCGGCCGAAUGAGCUGAGGCAGAGGAUCACGCCGGCGGAUAGGGCGGAUUUUAAUCGCGUGUGUGAGGAGUGGAGGGAGUAUUGGCCGACGAAUCCGUUUCCGAAGGUGGAUUCGGGGUUGAGGCAUCGGAUGGUGGAGGAGAGUGAGUGGAUGGUUAAGGCUUGA